AUGGGUGACGUCAAAGAUAGUAUGACUGACAGUGAAGAAUCCAUGUGCGACAUCGUCAUGGUUACGGACGGAAAAAAAGAAGAGGCAAUUAUAAAUAUGGUCAUCGAAGAAUUGCACUCUAGAAAUGCCGACAGAAUGCCACUGUGCGAGAUGUACCGAUUGGUACUUUCCCGUUGUACAAAGAAACAACGAAACUUGAUCUCGACCAUGAGGGAAUUCCUGUCACUUCUCAGAGCUUCGCGCCGCUUCUCUGAGGAGGGACAAGAGCUGUGCGACAUGGUCAUCAAAUUGAACGGACUAGAAUCGUCGCCGCUCAAUAUGCCCGUGUCUGACGCCGUUCGUACUAGUUUGGGACCUAGAGGCAUGGAUAAAAUGAUCCAGUCCGGGAAAGGAGAGGUGAUCAUCACAAAUGACGGCGCCACUAUACUUAAAGAACUUCAGGUCGUCCAUCCCACUGCAAAAAUGUUGGUGGAGCUGUCGAAAGCACAGGAUAUCGAAGCCGGUGAUGGUACCACUACGGUGGUGAUCGUGGCAGGUGAACUUCUGGAUGCGGCUCAAAAACUUCUCAACAAAGGCAUUCAUCCGACAGCAAUCUCGGAUGCCUUCCAGAGCGCGGCCGCAAAGGCUGAAGAGAUAUUGCAGAAUAUGGCCACCCCAAUUGACCUUGACGAUACCGAUCUCUUAGUAAAAAUCGCUAAGACCAGUUUAAACUCUAAAGUACGUUUUUCCAUGUUCAUAUAG